AGACAUGUUGUUAUGCUGAGAAUUCACUAACCUUACGUAUAGGGGUAGAUGUGAUAAUUUCUGUCUUUUCCUGAUUUAGCUUGGUAUGUUUUGCAUCCGGUUAGCAAUAUCAGAAACACACCGUUAAAGUCUGUCUGCAGUGCUGUCCCAGCUGACGUUCGGAUUUAUAAUCUGGUAUACCUGAAUGUCUGCGUAGCAAUGAUAACACUUGUUAAGCCUCUGGGAUUUCUUUAAUUGGUUUGGAGAACAAGCAAUACAGACGAGGUCGUAAUACAGAACCCUGCGGAACUCCAAAGUGGAGUAGGAACUCUCUGGACAAUUUAGAUCCAACCGCAGUUUGUUGACUUCGACCAGAGAGAUAAGACUUCAUCUAUGACAGAGCCGACCCCGUGAUGCCAAAAGCAUACUCCACAUGCCUGAUCAGAAUAGUGUGGUCUAUGUCAUCGAAUGUGGCUGAAAGCUCCAUGAGCUCAAGCAUCAAUAGUGCAGCACAUGGAUUUCUGUCCAGAGCAGAGUUUUCUGUAGUUAACAUGUGUGAAACAGAAGUUUUGAUAACAACUGGAGAAGAAAAUACGCAAUGCCUUGUUGCCGAGUUUGAAAGUAGUAAUUUUGAAGCUGAAUCUUUCUUGAUAAGCGAUUCAACCCUGCGUAUAAGAGACUGUAGAAUGGGCAAUAUCGCCCAAGAUCUGUGGCUGUGUUUCACUGGGGACAUUAAUGGUAUAGUAGGAAUUCUCAACAAUUUUCCAGAUAUUACUGCUCCGUUUUCGUAUAUCAGUAUAUUACCGAGAGGAGAGAGAAGUUUAAUUGAUGUAUACCCAAUUUCGAGAAAAGAUUUACCGUUACAGUUGUACAAUUCUGACGGUAUGCAGUAUUUAAAAUGGACAAAAGGUUUUAAAUGUUUAGAAGGGGAUGGCUUUGAUUUUCACUUUACUCUCUUACCAAGAGGAGGAAAUUUGCAUUAUCCUAAGUACAACAGACGUGAAUUUCAGAAGUUGCAGUAUGCUUUCCAUGAAAAUUUCAGAAAGCAACUUUCAAAUACUAGAAUGAAUUUGGAUGAAAAAAGUUUGUCCAGAAGUACAAUGAAGAAAAACGUAAUUUUCGAUAUAAGAAAAUUGCAUGUUUUACCAGAUGACCGAGAAUUUAUUUUGAACACCCUCGACAAAAGUCUUCAAAGAUGCGCAGAAUUGAAAAUUUUAAUAUAUGUAUCAUUGCAUUCAAAUUUGGUGAUAGAGAUAUCUCCAUUCAAGUCGAAUAGAAAUAAACGCUUUUAAUGUGUACGCAGCUGAUGUGAGCAUUCAUGCUGCCCUUACCAUUUCAUCGCCUAUUUUGUCACAAAAUUUGUUUUGGUCGCGCUAUGGUUUACAGGACAUCG